AUGGUGCCGCGACCCGGGAGUACUACUUCGAAUGACGGGCUAACGAUCCAAGAGGCAUCGGAGGCAGGUGCGCGGUCGGCUGGAAGGUCGCCGACUGCAGGAGAGCACAGUGAGAGACCUGUCGCGUCGUGGAGCUCUGAGGGAACCUUCACGACAGGCCACGGGGCCAGCGACGACCAGGAGGGCUAUGAAGAACAGUUUGCCGUUCUCGAUGCGGCUCCCUCGUCGGGAGCCGCGAGGGGCCGCGACGCAAGUCGCGGUCCUACCGGUCGUACGUACGUCGCCCUGUUUGUCCAAGACGGGGCGCUGGUCGACUCGUCAGAUGAUUACGCGUCGAGUUGGACUCUGUCGCUGUGUCUCGCGGCCCAUCACCCGCGUCGACUUUCCGUCGACCUCUGCCGCGCGUCGCCCCCAUCAAUCGCGUCGCGUUUCAUCAACUGCGUCGAGUUCAUCAUCCGCAUCCAUCAGCAUUCGUCUCGGCGCCUUCUUUCACCGACGCCGACGUGCCCGCUUCCUCGCUGGGUACUACACCACAUCCGUCCCGCUGCCACGCACGCGCACUCCCCAGGUGGGUGUGUCGUUGCAGAACCUGCCCCGCGUGUUGGCCGCAUCUCGAUUCGUCGAAUUCUUUGUCGUCUCCGUCCGCUUCGUUGCCAUUCAAGCAUCAUGGUUCGCGCUGAGGACUUCUGCGUCGAGGAGAGCGGGCCCGACACGGGCAACCUCGAGGCUGCGCUGACAUCGUCGUCUAUGCAAGCAGUGCACAUCGGUCUCGCCUCCCUGAUCCGUCCGAUCAGCUCGCGGUAG